AUGGCCAAGGUCAUUUUCACGGCUUGGAAAACCAAGGCCCAGCUGGUGGAGGUGCGGAACGAAUUCUAUCCUCCGCCUUCCUACGCCGGCCCAGACUUGCGCUCUCACGGUUGCGCAGUGGUCGAAGCCUGGAAGUUGCGCGGCAAUGUACCGCACCAUGUUGAAGCUACCGCAUUGUUGACGGACGCAAUUCUGCAUGAUGAUGCACAGAGAAAUUCCAUAUUCUCGAUUCGGGCUACAUACUCUGCUGCCUUCUGUCGCUUCGUAACCGGUCUUGUGGAUACCAAAAUUCAUGGUGUACGGCGGACAAUGUUUCAGCGCGCUACAGAUCUGGGCCUGCCAGCUUCUUUUGUGGAAUUGCGGCACGAAGCAACCCACCGUGAGCCCCCGUCUCUGGUGGUACUGCGCAAAGCAGCACAGCGGUCUCUCGAAUGGCUUUGGGAUAACUUCUGGGCCGAUAUUUGUGAUGAGCCUGGUGCUACACCUGCAUUGACCCAUGAUGAUGGUGUAUCUGUAAGGGCAGCCUUGUGCGACGCUCUGCAGCCUCUAGCCGGCGGAUCGGCGGAACCGGUCUCCAAGAAGCGGAAGUAUGAUCGAUCCAUAUCGGUGGCUAUGCAGCUGGUCUCGAUCUGUAACUCUUCGGGGGCCGGUAUUAGGCUUCUACCGGGUGUUUUGCUUGAGCAGGGCUUGUUGGUGCCUGCGGGACGGACACAUCUCACAGAGGAUAUGAUCAACGAUCUCGCGUUCAACACCAACGACGCAUCCAACAACCCCCAUUCAGAGGCACUGUAUCUGUGGCUUGCCCAUAUUCUCACAUCUCCGGCUUGGGAAUUCCACCGGCAAUCUUGCCCUCAUAGUUACGUCCUCCAGGCUUGCACCGAGAGCCCACACCACUGGACGACGCUGUUAUCAGAUCAGGUGAAAAAGCAGGCUGGGAAAACUUCAGCAGUACCCAUUGCUCGAUCCGGUACCAAGACUCGAGUUUCAAAGCCCCAAACUCGUCCGCAGUCGCAAGGUCCUACCUCCCAGCUCUCGGAAAAACUACUGGCACAUGGAUGGGGUCUUCUGGAACAAUGGGAUAGCCGCCCUCUGGGGGUGGUAGCAAGUAAUUAG